AUGAAUGAUGCAAUGAAUGCAAAUACAUUGGAAAAAUCAAAUCCAUCAUCUAGAAUAUCCGCAAGAAUUUCUGAUAUUGGAUUUCUAUGUAUUAGUAUUUCAGAUGAUACUAUAGUCAACACUAUAAAUGGUAUCGCAAAGCAGAAUACAAGUAUUGCUAUUCCUAUUUUCUCAUCAUUACCUUCAUCACUACAUUCAAAAAUUCACCCCGCGAAUAUAACAAAUAAAAUAAAUAAGUUAAAACUUAAGGAUACUAAUGUGAAGACUCGCACCCAUCCAGUUGGAUUGAAUAUUGUGGAUAGACUUAUAAAAGCACAAUAUGCCGCUAGUAUUAAUAGUGAUGUUAAAUAA